AUGAAGGGAGGGAAACGAGACAGACGGGACCGCAACGGGGCGACGGACCUGGGGUUCGUCAACGGGGGCGACCGCCGAGACCCCCACUCCGACUUCCAAGACGCGCCCUCGCCCCCCAUCCUGGAAGCCAUCGGGGGCCCCGACGUCAAAGGGCCCUCUCACCUCGAAGACGGCUCCAGCGGCGGGAGCAGAAGGCUGAGGAGGGGACAGGCCCACAGAGACUCUUCCUGGACUCUUGGCUACUCGGACGGGGACCUGGCGGAGGACAGGGAGACGUCGGAGCUGGACGUGAUGCCCAAACUGUUCAGGGAGGCCAAACUGCGGUCUGAAAACCCAGCCGUGACGAGGAGGCGGGCGGCGGGGGCGGGCCAGGUUCCGGCCGGGAGCGGCUGCCCCCUCAUCGACCUCACGGAGGAGGAGGAAGAUCCGAAGGUGACCUCGAUCCACAGCCCGGACGGAAAGUCUCAGGAGCCCGAGAGCCGGGAGCCGGCUGAUCCGGGGGAAUACCAGGAUGGAAAGGAAUUUGGAAUCGGCGAGCUCGUCUGGGGGAAGAUCAAGGGGUUUUCCUGGUGGCCGGCCAUCAUCGUGUCCUGGAAGUUGACAUCCAAACGACAGGCCAUCUCCGGGAUGCGGUGGGUCCAGUGGUUCGGGGAUGGAAAAUUCUCCGAGGUUUCGGCGGACAAGCUGGUGGGACUCACGGCCUUCAGUCAGCACUUCAACGCGGCCACGUUCAACAAGCUCGUGUCCUACCGCAAGGCCAUGUUCUAUGCCCUGGAGGUGGCGAGGAAUCGUGCGGGGAAAACCUUUCCUGCCAGCGCCGGGGAUUCCCUGGAAAACCGGCUGAAGCCGAUGGUGGAUUGGGCUCACGGGGGCUUCCAGCCCAUGGGAUUCGAGGGGCUGAGGCCCCCCAAGACCUCAGAGAACGGAGCGCCCAAGCCCCGCCCGGCCGACUCGGCCGUCGUGGAGUCCUGCCCACCCAGCAAGAGGCUCAAGACCAACCUGUGCAACAACGGCAAGGAGCGAGCCGAGGAGGAUCGUAGCCGAGAACAAAUGGUGUCCGACGUGACCAACAACAAGAAGUGCCUCGAAGACAGCUGCUUGUCAUGUGGUAGGAAGAAUUCAGCUACGUUCCACCCGCUCUUUGAGGGGGGCCUCUGCCAGACCUGCAAGGACCGCUUCCUGGAGUUGUUCUACAUGUACGACGACGACGGCUACCAGUCCUACUGCACCGUCUGCUGUGAGGGGCGGGAGCUGUUGCUCUGCAGCAAUACCAGCUGCUGCCGGUGCUUCUGUGUGGAGUGUCUGGAGGUCCUGGUGGGGCCUGGCACGUCGGCCAACGCCAAGGAGCAGGAGCCGUGGAGCUGUUACAUGUGUCAGCCCCAGCGUAGCCACGGGGCCCUGCAACGGCGACAUGACUGGAACCGCCGCCUCCAGGACUUCUUCACCAACGACAAGGGCCAGGAAUACGAGGCGCCUAAAAUUUACCCAGCAGUGCCUGCGGAACGGAGGCGGCCGAUUAGGGUGCUUUCCCUCUUUGACGGCAUAGCAACAGGUUAUCUGGUCCUCAAGGACCUGGGGAUCAAGGUGGACAAGUACGUGGCCUCGGAGAUCUGCGAAGACUCGAUCGCCCUGGGCACCGUCCGUCACGAGGGGAACAUCGAAUACGUCCACGACGUCCGGAAUAUCACCAAGAGACACAUUGACGAGUGGGGCCCCUUCGACCUGGUGAUCGGCGGAAGUCCCUGCAACGACCUCUCCAACGUGAAUCCGGCCAGGAAGGGUCUGUAUGAAGGCACUGGACGCCUUUUCUUUGAGUUUUAUCACCUCCUCAACUACGCACGUCCCAAGGCCGGAGAGAAGAGACCCUUCUUCUGGAUGUUCGAGAACGUCGUGGCCAUGAGGGUGAACGACAAGAGGGACAUCUCCAGGUUUUUAGAGUGCAAUCCGGUCAUGGUGGACGCCAUCAAGGUGUCGGCAGCCCACCGCGCUCGGUACUUUUGGGGCAACCUGCCCGGGAUGGACAGGCCGCUGGUAGCUUCAAAGACCGAUAAACUUGAGCUUCAGGACUGCCUGGAGUUCAAUAGGAUAGCCAAGUUGAGGAAAGUACGGACUAUUACGACCAAGUCCAACUCGAUCAAACAGGGGAAAAGCCAACAGCUUCCCGUUAUCAUGAACGGUAAAGAAGACAUUUUGUGGUGCAGUGAGUUAGAAAGGAUCUUCGGCUUCCCCGUGCACUACACGGAUGUGUCCAACAUGGGCAGGGGGGCUCGGCAGAAGCUGCUGGGGAAGUCCUGGAGCGUUCCUGUUAUCAGACACCUGUUUGCACCCCUCAAGGAUUACUUCGCCUGUGAAUAGCCCAGAGCCGGGGGUGGGCGGUGGUGGGCGGCUUGGGGGGAGACGGGCCCGAUCAGAAAGCGGGGCGGGACGUCCGUUCCGGAGCCCCAUCCCGCCGCCUGACCUCGAAGCGGGUCUUCCCGUGACCCCGUACCUCAGCUUUCCCAUCGGCGGAACGGGAACGGCGAUAACCUGUCUCCCCGCUCGUUCCGUCCCCCCACCCCCCGCCCCGGAUCCCAGGCACUGAAGCGGCCUCGGAGGCCCCCGAGAGCGGCCCGAGAAGAAACUUGAAGAGAAAUCGGGGGGACGAGGCCUCCCCGUCGGGUUUUUUUUCCUCCCUCUUUUUCCCGUACCCCUCGGACGACUGCUAAGAAACCAAAACCUCAAGCCCGCGUCCCCUUCGGUAACCGACCGGCCUCCCGCGGCCGUUCGGCCUGCUUUUUUUUAUUAUUAUUAUUAUUUUCGAUCUCCUCUUUCCCCUUUCCUCGUCUCCUCCGUCCGGCCGCGUCCUCUCCGCCGUCGGCCGCCGACCCUUGAGGCGGGGGGACGUGCGGACGGACGGAGCUGUGCUGUGAGGAACGUAGGGUGACGGUCACUCAUUCAACCGACCGUAUUUAUCGAGCGCUCACUGUGUGCAGAGCACUGUACUGAGCGCUUGGGAAGUACAGCUGGUCAACGGGGAGAGACAGCCCCUACCCGGCAUCGGGCUCACGGUCUAGAAGGGGGGAAAACGGGGAACGAAAAGCAAGUAGGCAGGUCGUCUUCUAGCCGUAGCGAGGAAAGAAACCGUGCAUGUGUGUGCGUGUAUGUAUGUGCCUGUGUGUUCGCGUGCUUGUGCGUGCCUGCAUGUGUGUCGUAGCCAUGAUUUCGUUUCGAAAGUAAUCAGGAAUCCCUCUGACGCUUCUUAAAGGAAGUCGCGGCGGGGAGGUUGGAAAUGGUCGCUGCCGGGUUUAAGGCAGGGUUCUUCCGCCGCCCCCCCCACCCCGCCUCCGGCCACCCUGUACUGCUUUUAUUUUUCGUUUCGUUGUUUUCCUUUUAAAGCGAUGAGAUCAGCAGGGAUGAUUUCGUGUUUUUCGGGGAUCAGUUCUCUUUUUAAAGAAAAAAAAAAAAGGAAGUCCAGGGCAAGAACCAAGCACAAAAUCUCCGUUAGGUCUCUUUCUCCAGGCCGCAGUUUGGGGGGGCGGGCCGGAGGUAGGCCAGCCGGAUGGAGAAGCCGUCCGGCCCUCGUACUCCUACCUCACGUCUUCCCCCGGACCCCCCCGGUCCUCCCCCACCCCCGGCCGAGACACCUCAGGGAACGGAAGGGGGCAAGAUCGCCUCCCGCCUCUCCGCUUCCUCGCCCGGAAAUUCCCCUUCGCCGGAAGCCGGGCCCGCGGGAUUCGAACCCAGGACCUCGGGGCCCGCCCACGCUCCGACCGCCGCCGUUUCGGAAGAACUUUCCCCUCCUGCUUGGCGGGAAAGACAGAGGAUCUGGAACGGAAGCGACGCCCCCCUCUCCCCCAAAUCUGUCUUUUCGCGAAGCUAUUUUACGGGGGGUCCGAGGGGAGGACCGGACUGCGUUUUAGAAUCACGGUUGUAGUGGGUUUUCGAGGCCCUUCUUACUCUUCUCACUGGUGCUAUUUUUUUGGUAGACUCAAGGACGUUGGAAAUUUCGGUGGGGUGCUUUUUUUUUUAUACAGCCUUUUUUUAAAAAAAAUCAUCAGACUUCUAUUUUUGGGGGUUAAUGUUUCAUAAACAUGUUUUGUAACAGGAGCCGAGUAACAAAUAAGAACAAACUCAGAAAACUGUGCCUUGUCUGAACAGUUUGCUAAUUUUUAGGAUGGAAAAAGACAAAAAUAAUUAGUAGACCUGAUUACAACAGUUUGAUUAAAGUCAGUAUUUCUCUA